AUGAAUGUGCUAGUCAUGCUGAUGCAGCUGCAGGGGCUGCUGGUUGGGGAGGUGGUUGAGCUGCAGGUGGAGCUGUGGGUGGAGCUGCGGGUGCUGCUUGGGCCAGUAGGCAUGAAUACGUGGAUGGACGUGACCGGCGAUCUGGAGUUUGAGAGCGGCUGCAAGAGGAUUGACGGUGGCGUCUCCGAGAAGGUGUUCUGGAUCGUCGUCUUGUGGGAGAUGAACGUUGUUUGUUUCUGCGGUCGGGAGAUUUGGAAGGUCUGGAGUGUCGGGAUCAAUCGGAUUUUUUGUGACGUGCGUCGGAGUCUUUUUCUGAGGGUAAUCGGUCCAUGUGUUGGUGUCUUCAGGAUCUUCUUGUUGGUGGCAGCGCAUUUCGAGGCGGGCAUUAGUCCAGUGUCCAGCUUGGUGACCAUAGCUUGGGCAAUGGCAAGAAGUCGUUUUGUCGUUCUGCAGAGGCUGAGAUAUGGUUGUCGUUCGGCAGAAGUUGAUGACGUUUCUUUGCUGCGGAUUGAGGGUGAGCCUGGAGGUGUUGAAGGUGGUAAUCUGAGUGGUGGACGACCGAGGCGGCGUGUAUUUCCCCAACGUGAUGUGGACGUUGAAGGUGUAGCAGUGAUUGGAGCGUAAAGGGCGACACCUUAUGGUCCCUGACAGAACUUGAUCAUUGGGAAUACAGAAUAAA